AUGGAACCAAGCGACAACGAUAUCGAGCUGUCAGAGGUCUCUAAUACCUUUGCGACUCCAUUCAGCGUCGUCGCAAGGUCCGCAAAGCACACACGAAAUGCAGCAACUCGAAGGCCAGCGGUCCCACCAAAACCCUCUCAGAACCGACCUGCUCCCCAGGUCCAAACCAUAACAACUUCAGACAUUCAUUCGUCGCUCGUUACAAUACCUACCAGUGUUACAAAGAGAUCUGUUAGCGCUGGUGUGAUGGAUGAAGAGAGAAAAUCGUCAGAAGACUCCUCUUCGGGUGUCUCCUUGCUGCAAACACCGAAUGCGGGGAUCGGCUUCUCCCAAACGUCAGGAAAAUCCCUAAAGAGACCAAGGGCUAAGACCUCUCAUAUCCAUGAGUACAUUACCACACGAGAAGGCAACUUCGUUUGUAAUCGUUGCUCAAGGGUCUACAAAUCCACUGGCGGCACAGGGGCUAUCGCCCGGCAUUUGAAGAAAGCACACUCCAUUGAUCCUACGGCUAGCGCGUUAGCUGAAAAGAGAAAACGAGAGGGAACAGCGAUAGAUGCAGCUAUAAUUCGUGGAGCAGAAUUCAAUACCAGGGCCGAAGAAAGAAGAAAAGAGGAACCGAAGGAAAUGAGGGAGCUGAGAGAAGAAAGAGAGGAACAGACGGGCACUACUCUCAAUAAAACUACCCUGGAAUAUCUAUAUCUUCAAUGGAUCAUGAGCCAGGGUAUUUCUUUCAAGCAAGUCAGGAACAAGGCAUUUCGGACCUUCUUGGAAUACGUCAAUCCAAUUGCCAAUCGAAUGCUUCCGGACUCCGAGUCCACCUUGAAAAUACCUACAGAUGGUCUUCUCGCCGAGGAAAUUAGUGGAAGCUGA